UUUCUUUUUCUUUUUCUUUUUCUUUUUCUUUUUGAAGGGGACUAAUCUUCUGUGUUGCAUCGGGCCGUGAGCGAAGAUGCUGCGAGUAGCAGGGAGAAGGCUUUUAUCAGUUUCGCAGAGAUCUUCGACUGCGACCUCCACCUUCGCUCUCUCCCGAGACCAGAGCAGCGGCUCCUCUUCCGCCACCAGAUCUGUCCCCUCUGCAGAUCUUUCACGUUUCGAUUCUUACCACCGUAGUAGCCUUAUAAGAGGUUUCUCUUCUCAAGUCCUUACCCAAGGGAAUGAGGUAGGUUUUGGUUCGGAACCAGCCACGGUCGAGGCUGUCAAAACACCCAACUCAAAGAUUGUCUAUGAUGACCACAACCAUGAGCGUUACCCGCCUGGUGACCCUAGCAAGCGUGCCUUUGCUUAUUUCGUCCUUUCCGGUGGGAGGUUUGUCUACGCCUCUGUUCUCCGCCUUCUCGUUCUCAAGCUUAUUGUCAGCAUGUCCGCGAGUAAAGAUGUCCUUGCACUUGCAUCCCUCGAGGUUGACCUCGGUAGCAUCGAACCGGGAACCACUGUCACGGUUAAGUGGCGUGGAAAGCCCGUGUUCAUCAGGAGAAGGACGGAAGAUGACAUCAAGCUGGCUAAUAGUGUGGAUCUUGGUUCUCUGAGGGACCCGCAAGAAGAUGCGGUGAGGGUGAAGAAUCCGGAAUGGCUAGUGGUUGUUGGAGUCUGCACUCACUUGGGAUGCAUCCCUUUGCCUAACGCUGGUGAUUAUGGAGGUUGGUUUUGUCCGUGUCAUGGUUCGCAUUAUGAUAUCUCUGGAAGGAUUAGGAAAGGUCCUGCACCCUAUAACCUGGAAGUACCAACAUACAGCUUCUUGGAAGAGAACAAGUUACUCAUUGGUUGAUGAAUAAUAAAAAGAAAGCACAACAGUCAGCUUCAUCUGUUUGUUUCUUCUUUCCUUUUCUAUAUUCCAGCAAUUUAGAGCGAAGAUUGUCUUUUUUUUUUUUGCUUAAUAAGAAAAACUUGUCAUAUUUAAUGAGAGUGUACUCGAGCAGUUCUGUUUUUCGAUGAUGAUGAUAGUGAGAGACUCUAUUUUGUGUUUAUUCAUUUAUCAAUUCCUA